AGUGAAAUAAGGGGGGGUUUUUAAGCCCGCAAAACCUCUCCUGAAACAACCGCUUCCUCCUUUUCUCUCCCUCAGCUAGCACUGGCAGCUUAGCACAAGAAGAAAUGUAUCUGCGACAAGUCGCAGCACGUCUCCUAAGGAGGAUCCGAAUUCCUAAGCAAAGCAUCUAUUCUUCGUAUUAUGGAAUACCUGCCAACAUGUUGCCCAAUUUGCUCUCCAGUACUAGAAAAUGUUCCUAUAAAUACGGUUUUGGAAAUUAUGGUUCGAGGGCGAAUCAUAAACGUUCUUUUCUAUUGACUAUCAUGGCUGGACAAGCUGUAGCCAUUUUCCAUGGGAUAUAUGCCAACCCUGUUUUAGCUGAUGCAUCAAAUGGAAGUAGUGCUGAAACAGAAUCAGAGGGGGCUAAUAUAACUGGAUUACGUAAAAUUGAGGAUGGCUCUGUAAUAUCAAAUGUACAUACUUCUAAAUGGAGAAUAUUUACUGAUAAUGGGAGGGAAUACUUCCUGCAGGGAAAAUUGGAUGAAGCUGAAAAGUUCUUCCUUUCUGCCCUAGAAGAAGCUAAAAAAGGUUUUGGGGAUAGGGAUCCUCAUGUUGCUUCUGCUUGUAACAAUUUGGCAGAGCUGUAUAGAGUCAGGAAAUUGUUUGAUAAAGCAGAACCUUUGUAUUUGGAGGCUGUCAAAAUAUUGGAGGAAUCAUUUGGUGCAGAUGAUAUACGUGUGGGGGCUGCCUUUCACAACCUUGGACAGUUCUAUCUUGUGCAGCGGAAACUAGAUGAAUCCCGCAAGUCCUAUGAGCGUGCUUUAAAGAUAAAGGGUCGUGUUCUGGGACUUGGCCAUGUAGAUUAUGCAGAUACGUUGUAUCAUCUUGGAACGGUGCUAUAUCUGCAAGGCAAAGAAAAGGAUGCUGAAGCCGUUAUUCAGGAUUCAAUUCGGAUAUUAGAGGAAGCUGGCCAAGGGGAGUCAAUUAUGUGCAUAAGGAGAUUGCGAUAUCUUGCUCAGAUCUAUUUAAAAUCCAAUCGUCUUGCAGAAGCUGAGAAUGUGCAGAGAAAGAUCCUGCAUAUUGUAGAACUAUCACAGGGAUGGAAAUCUAUGGACACUGUAAUUGCAGCUGAAAGGCUGGCUCUGACUCUACGGUCAGCUGGCAGCUUAAAGGAAGCACAAGAACUUCUGGAAAGGUGUCUUGACACGCGGAAAACAAUCCUUCCUGAAGAUCACAUUCAGAUUGGUGCGAACAUGCUUCACUUUGCUAGGGUGGCAAUACUGAAAGCGAAUCGACUAAGAAAGAUUCACAUUGCUGAAGCAUUUGCUGAGCUUGAUAGGGCAAGAGAUCUUUUGUACAAUUCAACAAGGAUAGCACGGCAAGUUUUAAACAAAUUGAGAAACCAAAAAGGCAGCAGGCAAAAGAGUAGGGCACCUGAAGAAACCAGAAGGGAGGGGCGUGCAGCAUUGAUCAUACUGUUGCAAUCACUUGAUACUCUUGGGCUUUUGGAGAUCACAAAACAAGAGCUACAGGAAUCAAUGGAAGAGCAUCCUGAUCCACCUUCGUUUGGGACUAAAAGUGCAUUUUUCCAAUGCAUUUCUGCUUACAAAGAGUUUGAAUCUGACAGGUUAAUUUCUGAUUCCCCUGAAGUAAAGGUUGAGUAUCUAUCAUGCUUGAAGCGUCUUUCAAGCUUGAUUAGUAAUGGUGAGGUCAAAGAGAUAGAAGUCUCCGGAAAAGCUACAUUGCAAGAGCUGAAUGAUGAAAUCAAGCGUGUUGAAGGUGAAAUUUCUCGUUACAGGAAACAUAAAUCCAAAGCAGGAGCUUGACUAAUGGUUCAGGCUAAAAUCAAGCAACACUUCUAAAAAUAAUGGUGCUGAGUAUACGCUAAUAACGAAUUAUUUGUGUUUUUUUUUUUUUUUAACCUUGAUUUAUGUACUUUCUCAUAUCUCUUUUUGCAGCCGUCAAAUUCUAGAUUUUGGAUUACAUUUCUUAGUUAACAUCUCACUGUUAAUAAGGGUGUCCACUGUCCAGGACUUCGCUUGAGAAGUUCUGGCUUGGAUCAAUAAGCAGGCGGACCUGAACGUGUUUCAACUCAAA